AUGAGCCGGCACUACCUAAAUCCUCAGCAGGAGUGGUGCUCCAAAGAAUGUUUCAAGUGUGGCGAGGAGGGGCAUACGAGUGGCGAGUGCCCCAACCCAGACGCUGGUGGCGUAAGAGGGAGAGACUUCUCCAAAGACAGGGGUUACCGGCCCCGCGGUUUCUUGAAGUUCCAGCAGAAGGGCCACAUGGCCAAUGCUGCACGAACGAGGUUUUGUCUCGAAUGGGCUCUCGACAGCAAACCAAUGGAGGCACCCUGUGUUUCGGCUUCUCUUCCUACGGAUGAGGACACGCUCUUGUCGACCAUCUCCACCGCUACCAAAUUCGACAAGUACAAUGUCAUUCCCGGAGAAAAGUACGCCGUCAAUAUUUCUUUGGUCGGCCGGGACUUCAUAGCCUGCGUACAGACUGGUUCUGGAAAGACGGUGGCAUUCGUGCUACCCAUUCUGCACACGCUGCUGAGUGACACUGGCCUCAAAAACCUAUCCUACCAGUCCGUGGAAACUCCGAAAGUAGUGGUCGUGUCGCCAACCCACGAGUGGCCCACCCGGAUAGCCCAGGAUGCACACAUGUGCGCCGAGGAGUUCAUCCUCAAGAGUGUGCUUGUGUACAGAGGGACGUCGGCGCAGCACCAUCUGACCGUCUUGUCUCAAGGCUGCCACUUCCUGGUGGUCACCAUCGGCCUUAGGUAA